AUGUCAUCCAGAGCCACGCAGGAUCCUGGUAUCAGCACCAUUCCGUGGACCGCAGAGGACGAUAGGCUGCUCCGGGAAUUAAAGACCGCAAAGGUAUCCUGGCGGAAGAUCUCGAUGGUGAUAGACGAUAGACCAAUAAGGGACCUCAAAAGACGCUGGGACUGUAUUCGGAGUGGCAAACCCAGAUACUCCCAAGUAUACUCGUUUGCGGAAGAUGCGGACGGAUUUUAUUCAACCAUUGAACAGCCAUACGCCUGGGGAACAAAAUACCAAGGGAAAGAGCGCCAUGUUUCGUUCAGGACGCUACCCACUGACGAGGCAGAUGAAGAGGAAAAUAUCUCUCAACCGCCAAAGAUCAAGAGAGUGUAUUACAUCGAUGAUGCCUUCACCUUGGAGGACGUUUUACUUCUCCACAAAAUCGCCUCAGAAUGGAGAAAGGACCGAUGGACAACCAUUAGUACUCGAUUCAAUGAGAUGACUGGACGUCAUAUCACCCCGGAUGAAGCAAAGUCGGUUAUUGACACCUAGGAAACAAUGGCUUUACUGGGAGAGAACGGCUUAGAACAGAUUAAAGGGUCGAGACCCUGGACCCAAGAUCUCUCUGCUUUUUUGCCCUUGCGUUGGUUGUAUCCAUUUCUUGCAUUUCCAGGGUUGAGAUGGAAGAAGUUGAGGAUCCGAC